AUGAUGACGGAAGUACCAACUAGCGAAGAGGAAUUCGGCAGUUCUAUUUCGGACACAGAGAGUGAAACAAGCCAUCCAGACUGGACUGCUAACGAGAGGAAUAAACGAUCUCGAGAAACGACACCUAACUGUUCAAUGGUUUUCUUUAUCCUCGGGGUUUCUCUGACAGCACCGUUCAUCACUUUCGUUUCUGCUGCUGAAGAUGUAUUAGCAGGAACAGAUAACGCGACCGGACUUGUCAUAAUAGUGCUAACAACGCCCUCUCUUGUUUUAAAGAUUGCGUCGCUCUGUUUCAGAGAGGUGUCUCAUGUAGCCCGAAUGUUUCUCGUGUCAGCUUUUAUUAUUGUGGGCCAGUUGUGUGCGGUUUUUAUCACACACAUUGGAGGACGUUUUGCUGGGAUUUGCCUGGUUUCUGUGGGAACAGGAAUUGGUGAAGUCAGUUUAUUUGUUCAAGCCGCUAAAAAAUUGGAAGAAGUUGCCUUGUGCUCGUUCAUAAUAGGAACUGGAGUUGGAGGAGUUUUGGGCGCUAGUUUGUAUGUA